CCCACCCAGAAAGGUGACGAAAACUUAGCUUGAAACACAGUUUAGAUCUGCCAAUUUCUUCAACCCAAUCCUCUCCUCACAAAUUAGGCACGUACGGUACAUGAAAGCGGUGAAGGAUGAAGCUUCUAGCCAUGGAAGUGCUUCUCUUCUUACUGAUUUUGUGUUCUGUGGCCUCAGUUGCUUCGUCGCAGACGGACAGUAUGAAACAAGGUGAUAUUUUGAACUCCUCGGAAUCCACUUUUCUUGUUUCCGCCAGCGAGAUUUUCACCUUAGGAUUCUUUACGACGGGGAGGACCAAAAUGACUUACUUAGCAAUAUGGUUGACCGAUAGAAUUGAGGUUGAAAGGCCGAUAUGGAUAGGCAACAGAGAAGCGCCUCUCCCAACAAAUUCCUCUGCUAAGCUUCUCAUAGAUGCUUCUGGGAGAUUGAUACUCACACACAAUGAAAAACAAGGCAGUCCUUACCUGGUUUCAUCCAAGCGAACUAGCCGGAAUGUCUCAGCCACUUUACAGGAUUCCGGCGAAUUGGUACUCCGGGAGAUGAACGCCGACGGCUCAUGGGGGCAGGAACUGUGGAGUAGCUUCGACAACCCCACGGAUACCCUUUUGCCGGGCAUGAAGCUGGGAGUCAACCAUAGAACGGGUCGGAAAUGGAGUCUCACAUCAUGGCUGCACGAUAAUUCGCCGGCGCCCGGGGCGUUUAGUCUGGAAUGGGAACCGAGCAGGCGGCGACUGGUUAUCAAGCACCGAGGAUUGGUUCAUUGGAGCAGCGGAGAGCUGAAGAAUGCGACACAUUUCCAGCACUUAUUCUUAGACUACGGCGACUUCAAUGCCCAAUUCCUUAACAUUUCGACAAAAACAGAGGACUAUAUCACCUUUGCAGUCAUGCUCAACCGAUCUGAUUAUCCCGCGACUUUGAGACUGAACCCUCAGGGGCUCGUGUACGACACCAACAACGGUCAGGACAUUAUUGACGCCGGCGAGUGUUACGGGUACGAGAACAAAACGCAAGAAUCAAAAGGGUGUGAGAUUUGGCACCAACCGGCGUGCAGGGCGGGUGGGCAAACAUUCGAGCAAAGAUCUGGGGUCUUCAACUACACCCAAUUAGGACUCGCAGUGCCUCAAAGCUACCCAGACGACGACUCCACUGCCAGCCUCAGUGACUGCAGAGAGAAAUGCUGGAAGGACUGCGACUGCGUUGGCUAUAAACGCUACGAUGAAGGGUGUACGUACUGGAGGGGAACAUCUUGGCAAUUUCUACAGGACAACAGUGGCCAAACACAAGCGGUCUAUGUUAUAAACCGUCCAAUUAAGGAAGGAGAUGGAAGUAGUAGCAGUAACUCAAAGAAGUGGAAAUGGAUUCUUAUUAUUAUACCCAUAGUAGUAUUACUAGUAUCCACUGUCCUGGUCGUCUUGCUUCUACUGCGCCGGAGAAGGAGAAAACGAGAAGAAGCAAGGAAUGAGCAAAGGAAAGAGCAAGAGCUGAAGGAUCUAUUGACAUUAGAGGAAUACAGUGAUAUUCAUGAGCUCAGCAGCGGCGAGAAUGGCAGUCUCAAAGUAUUUAGCUAUGCAUGGGUGGUGGAAACAACCAAUAAUUUCUCAUCUGAUUAUAAACUGGGACAAGGUGGUUUUGGAAGUGUUUACAAGGGAUUAACACCGGAAGGACAAGAAGUAGCUAUAAAACAAUUGUCGGAAAGAUCAAAGCAAGGACUUGUGGAGUUCAAAAAUGAGGUGGUGUUGAUAGCUAAACUCCAGCACACAAAUCUUGUAAAGCUGCUUGGUUUUUGCAUUCAUGGGAACCAAAAGAUGCUUAUUUAUGAAUUCAUGCCCAAUAAAAGUUUAGAUUUUUACCUCUUUGAUUCAGAAAGAAAAGAGUAUUUAACUUGGGAGAAACGCCUCAACAUCAUUGAAGGAAUUGCACAAGGCUUGCUUUACCUUCACAAGUACUCAAGAGUUCGUAUCAUUCACAGAGAUAUGAAAGUUAGCAACAUAUUGCUUGAUGAGAAUAUGAAUCCAAAAAUUUCAGACUUUGGUAUGGCCAAGAUACUCAGGCAAAAUGCCACAGAAGCAAACACAAUAAGACUAGGUGGAACAUUCGGUUAUAUGGCCCCUGAGUAUGCUAUGGAGGGUAUUUUCUCUACAAAGUCCGACGUCUACAGCUUUGGAGUACUAGUAUUGGAAAUUAUAAGUGGCAAGAAGAACAAUCACUUCCGCAGAAAGGAUGGCGCCUUGAAUUUGGUGGAACAUGCCUGGGAGUUAUGGAACAGAGAUGCAGUGAUACAGCUAGUGGAUCCAGCAAUAAGCAAUGUGUGUGGCAAAGAAGAACAGUUGCAUAGAUGCAUACAUGUGGGACUACUAUGUGUCGAAGAUUUUGCAGUCGACCGACCAUCUAUGUCGGAUGUGGUGUCGAUGUUAGGCAAUGAAAAUGUGGCCUUGCCAAAGCUAAAAAAGCCUGCAUUUGUGUCGAGAUUCAGUGUGCCUGAUAGGUUUCAGGAUGGCAAGUCAGAGAAGUUCACAGUGAAUGAACUCUCCAUUUCAGUUAUGGAGGGAUGGAGACGAGAUGCGGCCUGCGGGCAUGUUAUCCCGGGAUACCGUAUCCUUCCCCAGUGCAGGGAUAGUGGAAAAUCAAAGACGCCGGAUCCGAUGAACCUUCUUCUUGUCUUCCUACUGAUUCUGUAUUCCGGCGGGGACUCCGUUGCUUCAUCGGUAACUGACACUCUGAAACAAGGCGAUGCGUUGAACUCCUCUGAUUCCACUUUCCUUGUUUCUGCCACCACCAACUUCACCUUAGGAUUCUAUACGCCGGCGGGAACCAACACCACUUAUUUAGCAAUCACCUCAUAUGACUUGUAUCAGCCAGUAUGGAUAGGCAACAGAGAUGCACCUCUCCCCACAAAUUCUUCUGCCACCCUUCACAUGGAUGCUUCCGGGAGAUUGAUACUCACACAUAAUGAAACCCGAGGCACCCCUUACCUGCUUUCUUCAAAGCAAACUAGCCUUAAAGUCGCAGCAACGUUACUGGAUUCCGGCAACUUUGUGCUCCGGGAGGUGAACUCCGAUGGUUCAUUCGGGGAGGAAUUGUGGAGUAGUUUCGACUAUCCCACGGAUAUCCUUUUGCCGGGGAUGAAGUUAGGAGUUAACCAUAGAACGGGUAGGAAAUGGAGUCUAAGAUCAUGGCAGGACGAUGAUAUGCCGGGGUCAGGGGCGUAUAGUCUAGAGUGGGAACCAAGCAAGCGUCAACUGGUUAUCAAGCAUCGAGGAGUGGUUCAAUGGGGUAGUGGAGAGUUGAUGAAUGCAACUGGUUUCCAGCACAUAUCCUCCUCCUACGGCGCCCUUCAAAACCUUAAAUUCAUUAACGUUUCAACAAAAGAAGAAGAGCAUUUCACCUACGCACUCACGCCUAACACAGAUGUACUUCGAAUUUUAUCCCGUGAAGACCAAAAGAGUUAUCGUCUCGCGGCUUGGAGAUUGGACCCCCAAGGCACAUUUUCCUUCACUUCUAAUGGUGAGGUGAUUAUGGACGUGGGCGAGUGCUACGGGUACGAGAAUGAAACUCAGCAGUCAAAAGGGUGUGAGUUAUGGGCACAACCCAAGUGCAGGGGUGAUGGCCAGACGUUUGAGGAGAGAUCAGGGAGAUUCACGAAUUACACCGAAUUCGGACCCGAACAACCAAAAACCUUCACGACCCAGAACUCUAGUGGUAGCCUCAGUGACUGCAGGGAGAAUUGCUGGAAGGACUGUGACUGCGUUGGCUAUCAAGGCUCCGGUUACGGGUGUACGUACUGGAGGGGAACAUAUUUGCAAUUUGAUCAGGACAACAGUGGUAGAACAGAAAGGAUUUUUGUUUUGGACCGUCCAAUUAAGGGAAAUGACAGUCACAGUCACAGUAACCCAAAGAAGUGGAUAAGGAUUUUUGUACCCAUACUAGUAGCUACAAUAUUCACAGUCCUGCUUGUGUUGCUUCAAUUGCGCCGGAGGAGAAUACGAGACAAAGCCAAGAAAGAGCAAGAACUAAAGGAUUUAUUUACGUUAGAGGAAUAUACUGAUAUUCACGAACUGGACAAAGGUGAGAAUGGCAAUCUCAAUUUUUUUAGCUAUGCUUGGGUGGUUGCUACAACAAAUAAUUUCUCAUCCCACAACAAACUUGGACAAGGUGGUUUUGGAAGUGUUUACAAGGGCAUUACACCGAAAGGACAAGAAAUAGCUGUAAAACAAUUAUCCGAAAAAUCAACACAAGGAAUGAAGGAGUUUAAAAAUGAGGUGGUGUUGAUAGCAAAACUCCAACACACAAAUCUUGUAAAGCUGCUUGGCUUUUGCAUUCAUGGGGACAAAAAGAUGCUCAUUUAUGAGUUCAUGCCCAACAAAAGCUUGGACUUUCACCUCUUUGAUCCAAGUCGAAAAGAGCAUUUAACUUGGGAGAGGCGCCACAACAUCAUUGAAGGAAUUGCACAAGGCUUACUUUACCUUCACAAGUAUUCAAGAGUUAGAAUAAUUCAUAGAGACAUGAAAGCUAGCAACAUACUACUUGAUGAGAAUAUGAAUCCAAAAAUUUCAGACUUCGGUAUGGCCAAAAUACUUCGGCAAAAUGCCACAGAAGCAAACACAAUAAGGCUUGGUGGAACAUUCGGUUACAUGGCUCCUGAGUAUGCUAUGGAGGGCAUUUUCUCUACAAAGUCUGAUGUCUACAGCUUUGGAGUACUAGUAUUGGAAAUUGUAAGUGGCAUGAAGAACAAUCACUUCCACAGUGAGGAUGGGCCCCUGAAUUUGGUGGAACAUACCUGGGAGUUAUGGAACAGAGAUGCAGUGCUGCAGCUAGUGGAUCCAGCAAUAAGCAAUUUGUGUGGCAAUGAAGAACAGUUGCAUAGAUGCAUAAAUGUAGGACUACUAUGUGUAGAAGAUUUUGCAGUCCAUCGACCAUCUAUGUCCGAUGUGAUUUCCAUGUUAACUAAUGAAAAUCUAGCAUUGCCAAAGCCAAAAAAGCCUGCAUUCGUUUCUCGGUUCAGUGUGGCCGACGGAUUUGAGGAAGGCAAGUCAAAGAAGUUCACAGUGAAUGAGCUCUCCAUUUCAACUAUGGAGGGAAGAUAGUGUUGCAAUUUUACUGUACUAUUUUAUAAAAAUAUUUUGUUAUAGUGACACUAUAAAUUCAAACUAUU